CCCUCUCUCCUUCAAGCUCCUAAACUUUAGCCACAGCAUUCACAAAGUCGCAAAAAGAUCCUCAAGAAACGAGAAAAUAACAGCAGGCGCUGCGUCUACCAUCGUGCUUUCUGUCCUCUGCAUACCACUGGGAAGAACGCUAUUUGCGUUUCGGUCCCUGGCCUUCCCCGUCCUGCCGCCGGUAAGGAGCAGCCCGCCGGCGAAAAUCCCGUCCCCCUGCCCUGCGGCGGUGGCAUGGGGUUCUCGCUGUACCCCAUGAAGACGUCUACGCGCAUGCUGUGGAGCACCAGCUUCUUCCGCCAUAAGCUCUCCACCUCCUUCUGAGCCACCCACCUCGCCUCUCCGUGGCGGAGGCUGCUGCUGCUGCGCACAGGUAGCCGGCGAAGUGCGCGCCUGCGUGCACGGAUUUCAUUAGGUUUGGUUUUGUUUGGAUUCUUCGAGAAGGACGAGGAGGAGGAGGGGGAGAAUAGGAUGGAUCCCGGACGCGUCGUGUUCGAUUCCGGCUUGGCGCGGAUGGCUGCCCCUGGCGGCGGCCGCGCGCAGAUGCUGCUCUUCGGCGGCGCCAGCAACACCGGCGGUUUCUUCCGAGGUGUUCCGGGCAUGGAUGACGAGCGGGUUGUUAGCAACAAGCGCCCCUUCUUCACGACGCACGAGGAGCUCCUGGAGGAGGAGUACUACGACGAGCAGGCGCAGGAGAAGAAGCGCCGCCUGACGGCCGAGCAGGUGCAGAUGCUGGAGAGGAGCUUCGGGGAGGAGAACAAGCUCGAGCCGGAGCGGAAGACCGAGCUGGCGCGGCGGCUGGGGAUGGCGCCGCGGCAGGUGGCCGUGUGGUUCCAGAACCGCCGCGCGAGGUGGAAGAACAAGCAGCUCGAGCAGGACUUCGACCGCCUCAAGGCUGCGUACGACGCGCUCGCCGCCGACCACCACGGCCUCCUCUCCGAUAAUGACCGCCUCCGGGCUCAGGUGAUCUCACUGACGGACAAGCUGGAAGGAAAUGAGACAUCACCAUCAGCAACUGCCACCAUGGCGCAAGAGGUUGAUCAGCCAGACGAUCACACUGUGGGAGCGACUGCAACAGUGCCGGCCCAGCAGCUCAAAGAAGACAUCCUCAGCAGUGGCACCAACGACAGCAGCAGCCCUGUGGUGAUCAACAUUGCCGAGGUCACCAACCAUAGCGGUGAGUCGGCCUAUAUCGCCAGGGAUUAUGGCUGCACUGGGCAGUAUGGCGUUGGUGCUCUCUCAUCGGAAGAGGAGGACGGCGGCGCAGUCAGCGACGAGGGUUGCAGCUUCCACUUACCGGACGCUAUCUUGGGCCCCGGGCUAGUCCAUAAUGUCACCGAGGAGGAGGUGCAGCUGGGCAACUGGACCUCCUGGUUCUGGAAUGAGUGAUCGGUGAUGGGUCCACACAUGAAAUGUCCAGAUCAAGACAUCUCCUCCAUCCUUUCUGCACCCUACAAAUUACUAUGUUCAUUAUGACGAUAUUAUGUCUUCAAGUGUUUUGGGUUAUGACUAUAUAUUACUCUUGUUGUAAGUAUAUGUUUCUGAAGGUGUUAUAUGUUGCGAUAAUAUGAUCUCGUCAUGGAAGUCAAACUAUUGGGAAAAGCUCCAGUGUUGAGCUGUGUGUAUUAGUAGCAUACUUCUUGUUUCGAUUAAGAAGUUCCAAUGUUGUCUAAAUAUAAAUUUCAUA